UGUGGCUCCUGGUCACAGUGAUGUCUCCCAGAAAGGACGCGGAGCAGUUGAUGCAGGUUCUCACUAUGGUGCCCCUCACUGACUCCCCGUCUCCGGCCAGUGCUCCGCUCUCAUCCCGGAUGGUGGACAUCCCCUUACAGCUCUCCUAUCAGAGUGGGGCGCCCGACACCCCAGCCGAGGAUCCCGACACCCAGGAUACGCUGGAGGAGAACACAAGCCUCCGUGCCCAGGGUCGAUGGCGGUGCCUGAAACGUGCGAGAGAUCUGUGUCAGAACCGCCUGGUGCAGAUGGCGAUCAGUCUCAUCGUGGUCGUAGUCCUUGGAGUAGUCCUUGGAGGUAUCUUCUCUCGUGUUAUCGGCCCCUGCCCUCCUGAAUCUCCCUCCUGCCCCAAUAAGUGGAUGAGGUCUGAUGGGAAAUGCUACUUUAUAUCUGGGGAAACCAAGGACUGGAACUCCAGCCUGGAAUUCUGCCAAUCAGAAGGAGGAACACUGCUGACCAUGGAUAAUGAGACACAGGAAGAUAUAAAGACUCUCUCUAACCUGACCGGGGAAUACUGGGUCGGCCUGAAAAAGGAAGGAGGAGAGUGGAAGCAGGUGGAUGGUCCAGUGUGGACAGGACCCAUAGAGUGA